AUGUGUAUCAAUUAUCAAACUUACAUUAAUUAUUAUUUUCCCCCAAGUAUAUAUAGUAAUAACAACAGCACCUUCCUUUGUUGUAAAACUGCAACCAUGAGAUUACAGAAGUAUUGUUUGGUCUUAUUAGUCACCGGAGUUUUGGCCGGAGCUCUGCAACCAGCCAUGAUCAUGGCUCAGAACUGCAGUACCUGUGUGGCCGACGAAUGCUGCGGGCGUUGGGGGUUUUGUGGGACAGGAGAAGAUUUCUGCGGGUCGGGUUGCCAACAAGGACCUUGUUUGGUUCCACAACAACCCAUUGAGGAGGUGUCGAUUUCUGAUAUUGUAACAGAAUCGUUUUUUAACGGGAUAAUAGGGCAGGCUGAUGCUACCUGCCCCGGAAAGAGCUUUUAUACUAGGUCAGCUUUUCUUAAUGCUCUUGGAUCGUACCCAAAGUUUGGGACAGACGGUUCUGUCGACGACUCUUUACGUGAGAUUGCUGCGUUCUUUGCUCACGUUACCCAUGAAACCGGACAUUUUUGCUACAUUGAGGAAAUAGAGGGCAUUUCAGAGGACUAUUGUGACGAAAGCAACACCGAUUACCCAUGUGUCCCGGGACUAGGGUACUACGGGAGAGGACCAAUACAACUAACUUGGAAUUUCAACUAUGGUCCAGCAGGAAACAGUGUCGGUUUCGAUGGUCUAGCCAACCCCGGUUUAGUUGCAUCUGAUGUUACAGUAUCCUUCAAGACUGCCCUUUGGUAUUGGAUGGACAUAAUGCAUACUCUCAUCAUGUCUGGCCAAGGAUUUGGAGCCACCAUUAGGGCCAUCGAUGGUGAUCUCGAGUGUGAUGGUGGAAAUGCAGCGACGGUUAAUGCUAGGGUUGGCUAUUAUCUCGAUUAUUGUAACCAGUUUAGUGUUGAGGCAGGCGAUAACCUUUAUUGCUAACAAUAUGGUAGGAAAAUAAUAAGUUAAGGGCAAGGCAAACUGCUUUGUUUGUGAUUUCAUUAUUAAAAUUGUCAAUGAAAAUGAAAAUUA